AUGAACUCAUGCAAUAGUGUGGGUUUAUGUUCAGCAGAGCCAGAAUCUCCAAUAUUGCAGCCUGACUAUAGUAGUUUAGAUACAAAUGAAAAUGCAUCAUUUAGAAGAACAUGUAUGCCAAGAAGAGAUGAUUUUUGUUGUAUGAGUGAUAGAAAUGCAGAAGAUAAUGAAGAAGAUUCAUUUAUUGUUCCAGACUGUUGUGGGUCAAAUUCAAGAGCAGCAGAAGAUGCCAAUCAGGAUUCAGUUUCAUCCCCGGGAGGUAAUGCCCAAAUAGUAACAGUUCCAUUAGUACAAGAAGUCAAUGUAAGAGAUAGAAUAAUAGAAGUUCCAGAAGUACAUAUAACACAAAAAAUUCGUCAAAAAGUAAUUGUAAAAGAUGUAAUUAGAAAGGUCCCAAAACAAGAAAUUCAAUAUGUAGAUAAAUUCGUUGAAGUACCUGAAGUAAGAAUUGUGGAUAAGUUUGUAUCAAAGCCAGUGACUAAAUAUGUUGAAAGGCAUGUACCUAAAGUUGAAGUACGUGAAAUAGUUAAGGAAAUACCAAAGGUUGAGAUACAAUAUGUAGAAAAGAUUGUGGAAGUACCAGAAAUAAGAGUUGUUGAUAAAAUUGUUGAGAUACCAACAAUUAAACAUGUAAUUAAAGAAGUACCGAAGAUUGAAAUAAAGGAAAUACAAGUUGAAAAAAUAGUUAAAGUACCAAAAAUUGAAAUAAAACAAAUUGAGAAAGAAAGAAAGGUAUUGGGCCCUGUAGAAUAUAUUGAUAUACCAUUGGAAAAGAUUAUAUUAAAACCAAAUCCUCAGAUUAUUGAAAAGAUUGUUCAAGUGCCAAUACCAAGGGAAAUAGAAAUCGAGGUUCCCGUAUAUAAUCCAGAUAUUAGAGAUACUGUUGAAAUACAAGUUGAUAAUUAUUAUACUGUUGAAAAAGAAGUUGAGGUUCCUAUACCUGGAAAAAUUAUUCCAGUACCUGUUGAAGUAGAGGUGGAAAAAAUUGUUGAAGUACCAGUACAAGUACCACAAGAACACAUUAGAAUUGUACAAAAACAGGUGCCACAGUAUAUCGAACAUAUUAGGACUGUUGAGAUUCCUCAAUAUCAGGACGAAUUUGUUGAGGUGCCACAAUACGUUCCAAUGGUUCAUCAUACUAUUAUUAAGCCAGUUGUAUCCCAAGAAUAUAAGGAACUUCCUCCUGUUGUUGAGCAAGGGGAUGUUAGAUACGUUAAGGAGCCUCCACAAUAUUUGGAUACUGAAUACAUUCAUGGCGAACCUAUUGAAUUGGACUGCAAUACGCCUCUCCCAGCCCCACCCUCCCCUAGAUAUACUACAAUUAAGGUUAAUAGUGCAAAUAAUAGAGGUUGUUAA